AUGAAAAUAUUAAUUGAUUCAAAUAAUAUUUUCCAACGAUUUAUUGAUUCAACAAAUAAACAUCAUCAUCAAAUACAACAACAAACAGAAGAUUCUCCAAUUCAUAUUCCAUAUCAAUAUCAAACAUUACCACCAGCUGAAUUUUUACGUUCUCAUUGGAUUGAAUUGUAUAAUGAAUUACAUAAAAAUAAUGAAACAUAA